GAAACUAAUCAAUAUUCCCUUCAGUCUCUCUAAAACAUUCAUUCUAAACGCAAAGAUGCGGGAAAACAUAACCAAGUUUUUAUUGGAAUUUGUAAUUUUACUUAUCUUUACUACGUCUCAAGUAAAGGCUUUUGAAGAAUCCAUUUUUGAAGAUGAAGAUAUUUAUAGACAAGCCUUACCACCCUCUCCUCCCACUACGGGUAUAACAGCACCUGGUACUAAAUGGUGUGGUCCGGGCAAUACUUCCACCAGUUAUAAUGAUUUGGGUACACAACGUGAAACGGAUAUGUGUUGUCGUGAUCAUGAUCAUUGUGAUGAUAUCUUAGAAGCAAGAUCCACAUAUCGUGGUCUUAAUAAUAGUGAUUGGUUUCCCAUUUUAAAAUGCAGCUGUGAACAGAAAUUUAUUAAUUGUCUUCAAAAGGUUAACAAUAUGAUUUCGAAUACUCUAGGUCAUGUUUAUUAUAGCGCCAGAAGUCUUUGCAUUGCCGAGGGCCAUCCUAUUGUCAGUUGUAAACAGUAUAUGGAGGGUACUUUCCGCAAGAGAUGUAUUCGUUAUAAUGUUGAUAAGAAGAGACCUAAAAUAUGGCAAUUUUAUGAAAUGCCUUUCUAUACUGAGAUUUCAAAGAAACAAUUAAAUAAAACAAAGAAAUAACUACCUAUUAA